AUGGAUGUCAUACCCCCUUCGUACGAGCAUGCCAUCAUGAAAGAUGCGCUGGCCAUCAUAGCAGAUUACAUCCCCUCAGCCGAUCUGUGCUCUGCCUCGCUAGUAAGUCGACGAUGGCAUGCAAUCUUCAAUCCACAUCUCUGGGGUGAUCCAGCAUCGCAUUUUGGCACCCAAAACGAUGCCGUUUAUGUUGCGCUGACCCGGUUCAAACGAACCCUACCACAUGCACGACCUGAAGUUCGCAAUUUGACCCAUACCCUUCACCUACCCCCAGCCCUGUCGGAGAUAUAUGGUGGGCCGCGUGCACCAUGGCUCAAAGAUCUCUUGGACUCUCUGCCCCGGCUGCAGUCCUUGAUAGUAUCAAAACUGCCAUUUUUCGAUCAUAAUGCGACUAUCGGCCUCAAGGUUCCUCCCGACCCUGAGCAGGCGCAAGCUUAUCGUCCAUACAACCUUAGAUUACUCCUAGCAGAGGGAGAACCGAAUACAACAUCGAUUGGGAUUGCUACUGCUCUUUCACGGUUUCCCGCUUUAGUAUACUUAGAUUUAUCACGCACAUCGCCAGCUAGAGAUCGGAUCGUGUUAUCUGUCUUGAGCGAGCUUCCAGACUUGCGGGUACUGAAACUGCGAGGAAUUGGCUUGAAAGAUGCCGAUGCCGAGUUUCUUGCAAAUGCAAUCGGGACCCAUGUCCGAUUGUUGGACCUUCGGAACAAUGUGCUUACAGAUAGGAGUGUGAGGUCGCUUCUACAGGCGUGCUUCAUGCCGAAAGGAACAAGUCAGGUGAAUGGCAAUGGGGAUGAAUAUUACCAGGGCCAUGCUCCGGCUCUACUGAAGAAUCCUGACCUGGACAAAGACUUUCUCAAUAUUCUUACCCGCCCGCUUACAGGGCGCUCUAUAUUUGAGCAUCUCCCAAAUUCUGGGAUUACCCACUUGUACAUUUCUGACAACCGGCUGACAGUCGAAGGGGUUGCGGCCUUGCUCGCAUCCAAAAGACUCCAUCUUCUCGACGUAGGGAGCGUAGACGCUGCUCAGACUCUGCAACAGGACCAGCCUCUCCUUUCGCCGUCUGGUCCCAAAGCUGAAUUUAAUACAGUACCAGGAGCGGAGAAGCUAAUCCCUAUACUUGGUGCAUAUGCCAAAGACGGAUUGACAUAUCUCAGAGUGAACCAUGCCAUCGUCACGAAAGAUGCUCCAGCCACGAGCCAGACUGCUAUCACUGAACUCCUUCCCGAGUUACCAACUUAUGAGCUGGAUGUUCAUAACCAUCGCGUUGAGUUGGAUACAGCACACGAGAUUUACGAAAUGCCUGCUGGGGAGGUUCCUUUAUUUGAGUUGGAAGAUACUUCGAUGCCUUCUUCUAUUUCUCGUCCUGAAUUAGUAGCCGAACGUAAUCAGUACCCGGACGAGCCUCUUCUUUUACGCUGUGGUUCAGCUUUUGCUGCAGAAGUGGUAAGCUCUGAGAACAUUGACGACAAAGAAUUGUUGCAAGAUAACUGCAGUCAUAGCGACGGAGGGGUUACUAUAUCAGCCCAACGCAGCCGAAAGAUUAAAGAGCUCCUAGCCAAGCGGCCAAAGACCGAAGUACUACCUCUUCGACAUGGAAAGAACAGCACGACGUUUCCUUGUCUUCAUCCAUCUCAUAUACCCCAUGUUCAGACCCUGAUACUCACCGAUGUUCCCUCACACGUCUCACCAAGCUCCCCUAUCCUAUCCUCACUGAUCCGUUUUAUCACAGCGUGUUCGGAUGAAAUGCUCCUCGCAAAACUCCAAGCGCGAGCAGACUACUCUUUCCCACCGGGUCGUGACCGUUUAAAAGCAGAGCGACAACACGCAAAAUCAUUAUUUGCCCUAGAAUGUCUGGUUUUAGAAAUCACGCCAGCAGUCAAAAGAAAAGUAGCUCCGCUGAGAGCCCUAAGUCCCUGGAAAGCACAUCAAAAGGACCAAGGUAGCUUGAAGGCGACAACGGGUGACUCUGAUUCUGAGCGUCUUUGGUCUGCUGCUUCGAACGAUUUCAGCUUCUUUGGGAAUGAGGAAUGCGGUGUGCCUGAGCCGCAUGAAGAGAUUGCAAUGAACGUCUUGAAUGAAAGGGUUCGUCUUGGGCCUGACGACGACUCCAUGCUCUCCGCCGUAUCAGAGCUCGAAGGCUCAGACUCAUCGAGUCGUAAACAACAGCAGCCGAUACCUCGAUCCUCCUCCGGCCCCAACGAGCCAGAAAUCGAUCUAGUCUCUGCUUUGGCAUCAUUCAGGCGAUCCAAAAAGAAGGAAUUCGAAGACCUUAAGGCAGCCAGUCAGCGUCAUUCCCCAUCAGCAUCGUCGCCAUGCUCGUCACCGUUCGAUAGUCAACCCGCGCACAACGCUCUUCCGUUACAUGUAGAAGGAUAUUGGCCCGGGGAAGUAAAAGUGAUACGGAAUCCGACGCCUAAAGGCAGGAGUGGCGUGGUUGAUAUCUACGGGAAUUAUUUUGAGAAGGGGUAUUUGUAUCCAUAG